AUGUCCUCACAUUCAAAACCUGUUUACCGAAAGAAAUACAUUCCCCUGGAAUCUAAUCCUGACAUAUUUUCCAGGCUCAUCGACUCUCUAGGCGUUUCUGGUCUAGAAUUUCAAGAUGUCUAUUCUCUCGAGGAUGAUCUCCUGGAAACGGUUUCCCGGCCAGUUCUUGCACUUGUGAUCCUCUUUCCAGCCAUUGGAGAAGAAUACGAGAAGGAGUUAGAAGAGGAACGAGCGAUUGGGACGGUUUAUGAAGGUAGCGGGGAAGAAGAGGACGUCGUCUGGUUCCGGCAGACGAUCAAUCUUGCUUGUGGACUAUACGCGAUUCUUCAUUCGAUAUCUAACGGACAGGCCAGAAACUACAUCGAGUCUGGGUCUCCGAUAGAAAAACUUUUGGAGACAUGCAUACCUCUGAAACCCUAUGAACGCGCUCUGGCUCUAGAAGCAUCCGACGAACUUGAAGAAAUACAUAAUCUUGCCGGCAAGGAGGGGGACACGACCUUUUCUCCUGGCUCGGACGACGUCGACUACCACUACUCUUGUUUGGUUAAAUCUCGUCAAUCUGGCCGGCUGUACGAACUAGACGGUAUGAAGUCAGGACCCGUAGACACGGGUUUAUCCUUGGGUGAAAGCGAAGAUAUACUCUCCAAACCUGCGUUAGAGCUCGUAAAAGAUUUCAUUCGUCGACAAAGUUCAAGAUACCAGAGCGAUGGCUUCAAUUUGAUGGCACUCGUUCCGUCUUGGAGUCCGCCGACGCCGCGGUUGUCUAUCUCGAAUUGA